UGUGGUGACCCUCCUUUUGGCUCCUGUGCCAGAGGGGUCAGGCCUCUGCAAAGCUACCAGCAUGACAGACUCUUCCAUGAAUGCUGUUUCUGCAGCAACAAGGGCCCUGAAAUCUCAGUGUGGGCUCUUAGAAGAACUUUGUUUUCACGGAGUCCUUUCCCUGUCUGUAACACGCUUUGCCAUAGAAACUUUCAUUCCUGUUUCCUUCAUCUCAUUCUCCCUUCUAUCUCCUCUCUAAAUUCCAGACUAUGAGAAAAACCCAACCGUCUCCUGUUUAAUCAAGUGAUGUAACCGGAGGAAUUCAUGGAGAUAAACAUGGAAGGGUGUUUUGUUUUUUUUCAGAUUUGUGCCGCAUUCUAAAGUAUUGUUCCUCCUCUCUUUCUCCUUGCUGCCUGUUCCCAGACUUUUAAAAAAUCCAUUUGACUCUUUUGUCUGACUAUUCCCCUUUAGAGCUUCCGAGAGACACUGCACAAGAAACAGUCCAACUCUGUAAUUCCACAAAGCUAUGAGUUGCUAUUGUUAUGAGACAUGGAUAUGUAGAUUAACUACCAUUGUGGAAGGAAAAAAGGGAAUACUAUAUUGAAGAAGAAGAAGGGAGUCAUGUCCUUUGCAGGAAGAUUAUCGAUACCUCCCACCUUGAUACUGCUUUUGCUCCUUUGGGGUGGAGAGAACAUUCAGGCACAGAGAGCAGGUUGCAAGAAUGUCCACUAUGACCUCGUCUUCAUCUUGGACACCUCCUCCAGCGUGGGGAAAGAAGACUUUGAGAAGGUCCGCCAGUGGGUGGCUAAUCUGGUAGACACAUUUGAGAUUGGACCAGACAAAACCCGGGUUGGUGUUGUCCGCUAUAGCGACAGACCAACUACUGAAUUUGAGCUUGGGAAAUAUCGGACUCGGGAGGAGAUAAAAGAAGCUGCAAGGAAUAUAAAAUACUACGGGGGCAAUACAAAUACUGGUGAUGCACUUCGGUACAUCAACACAUACAGCUUUUCCAUGGAAGCUGGUGGGAGGCCAAGCGACCGCACUAUCAAAAAAGUGGCUAUUCUUCUGACGGAUGGCCGGAGCCAGGAUUAUGUAUUGGAUCCGGCUACUGCAGCUCAUAAAGUGGGCAUAAGGAUCUUUGCUGUAGGGGUUGGUGAGGCCCUCAAAGAAGAGCUGGAUGAAAUUGCUUCAGAGCCCAAGUCCGCCCAUGUGUUUCAUGUCUCAGAUUACAAUGCUAUUGACAAGAUACGUGGGAAACUGAGGAGAAGACUUUGUGAAAAUGUGCUGUGUCCCAGUGUCCACGUAGAAGGAGACAGGUUCAAGCACACCAAUGGAGAGACUGAUGAUAUUCCAGGUUUUGACCUGAUGGGAUUAUUCAGUGUGAGGGAGAUAUUCGGAAUGAAGGACAACGGAAUCCACAGCUCUUAUGUUCGGCUUGGCAGCUUUCCCAUUGUCCAGAAAACAGAAGACGUCUUCCCACAGGGCCUUCCUGAUGAAUAUGCCUUUGUCACCACUUUCAAGUUCCGCAAGGCUUCCAGGCGAGAAGACUGGUAUAUCUGGCAAAUUAUUGACAAAUACGGCAUACCUCAGGUUUCUAUCAGACUGGAUGGCGAAAACAAAGCCUUGGAGUACAACGCCAUUGGACUCACCAAGGACGCUGUGAGAGUGGUCUUUCGACAUGGCCGCGUCAGCGACCUCUUUGAUCGCAACUGGCAUAAGAUAGCACUGAGCAUCCAGUCCGACCGUGUCUCCUUGUACAUCGACUGCAAGCUGGUGCAGACGCUGCCUAUUGAAGACAGGGAAAAUAUUGACAUCCAGGGGAAGACCGUGAUUGGCAAGCGCCUCUACGACAGCGUGCCCAUUGAUUUUGACCUUCAGCGGAUGGUUAUUUACUGUGAUUCACGUCAUGCUGAACUGGAAACUUGCUGUGACAUUCCCUCUGGGCCUUGCCAAGUGACGGUAGUUACAGAUGCUCCUCCCCUUGAAAUAGCAACCACUGUUGGAAGCGAACAGGUGGGCCAUAUCAAGACAGUCAACUGCUCCUGUCCACCUGGAGAAAGGGGUGAAAGAGGUCUACCUGGGUUUGAAGGUCUCAGAGGCCAGAAGGGAGAAAUUGGACCAAUUGGACUUCCUGGCCCAAAGGGAGAAAGAGGAGAACCAGGUGGAGGAGGAGCUGGCUGGGCAGAGAAAGGAGAAAAGGGUGAAAGAGGAGCCCAAGGAUUACCUGGGCUAAUGGGUGAAAGAGGAGAAAAGGGCUCCCUCGGUGCACCUGGCAUCCCAGGGAGAGAUGGUGCCAAAGGAGAGUCUGGAGAACCUGGACUUCCUGGAGCAGUUGGCCUCCCCGGACCACCGGGAUUGAAGGGGUCAGAUGGUCAGCCAGGUCCUCCAGGACGCCAAGGAUACGUUGGAGCACCAGGCCUGCAGGGAGAAAGAGGCGAAAAGGGACCCCGGGGAGACAAGGGAGAACCGGGUCUCGAUGGUUUCCCCGGAAAGCCUGGUGUGGAUGGGAAGCAGGGCAUCCAAGGGAGUCCAGGCCAACCUGGUCUCAUGGGACCCAGAGGAGAAAAGGGUGAAAUAGGGCCUCCAGGGAAGCCUGGCUCAGUGGUGCAGAUGGAAGGUUUGAAAGGAGAGCAGGGAGCUCCUGGCCCAAGAGGUUCAAUAGGCCCUCCUGGAACUCCAGGUAUCUCAGGACCCCCAGGACCAGAAGGCAAACCAGGACCUGCUGGCUUACAAGGUCUAAGGGGUAAGAAGGGUGAUGUUGGUGUUCCAGGAGUUGAUGGAUUGCCUGGACCUCCGGGUCCUCCAGGAUCACCUGGAGUCGCUGGUCCUCCUGGGAUUGCUGGCCCCCCAGGGCUGCCAGGAGAAAUGGGGAGAAAUGGGCAGCCAGGACCACCUGGUUUACCUGGGAAACCUGGUCUGGAUGGCUUACCUGGGCUGCCUGGCUCAAAAGGAGAACGUGGAGAAAGGGGAGAAGAAGGAUUUCCCGGGAAAAUUGGUUUGAAGGGUGAAGCAGGAGAGCCUGGACGUCCUGGACUAGUGGGAGAGAGGGGUGAAGCUGGCCUCCCAGGCUCACCUGGUUUGCCAGGACAGAGAGGAGAGAAAGGAGAUCAGGGAGAAAAGGGAAGAUCUGGACUCCCUGGUUUCAAAGGUGAAAGAGGUGACAAGGGAGAUGUCGGUCCUGCUGGUCCCCCAGGCUUACCAGGGACAACUUCCCUGUUUACUCCGCAUCCCAGUCGCCCUGGAGAACAAGGGCUACCAGGUGAAAAAGGGGACCGUGGAGAAAGAGGUGAACCCGGAGAACGUGGCAUUCCUGGUAAAGUGGGGCUACAGGGACCUGCAGGGCCACCGGGUAUGAAGGGGCAGGAAGGGGCACCAGGAGGCCCUGGAGUGCCAGGAGAGAUGGGUGCUCCUGGACCUGCAGGACCCCCAGGGUCACGAGGCUUGCCUGGAAAUGUGGGUGUACCCGGAGAUCCUGGCCGACCUGGAAAUGAUGGCCCCAAAGGAGAAAAGGGAGAUCCUGGAAAAGAAGGGAAGCCAGGAGCACCUGGGCCUACAGGUGAGCCAGGAGGUGUUGGAGAACCUGGAUUACCCGGCAAGGGUCGAGAUGGAGAAAGAGGAGAAAGAGGACAACCGGGUUUGCCUGGACCCUUUGGGCAGAAGGGAGAUCGAGGGACUCCUGGAGUUCCAGGUCAGCCAGGAGACAGGGGGGCACCAGGCAUCGGACUUUCUGGACCACCAGGCCCCUCAGGACCACCUGGAGAUAAAGGCCCAUCGGGUCCCCGAGGUUUGCCAGGCAUCCAAGGUCAACCAGGGCCAUCUGGUCAGGAUGGCCUACCAGGAAAUCCAGGUGAAAGAGGUCCUCCAGGGAAACCGGGUGCCUCUCCUCUCCUUUCUCCUGGUGACAUCAGUCUCUUAGUUAAGGAUGUUUGCAGUGACUGCCCUCCCGGACCACCUGGACUUCCAGGAAUGCCAGGAUUCAAGGGUGAUAGAGGCCCUCCAGGUCCACUUGGCCAUGAAGGCCCCGUUGGGAAAAUGGGAGAGGCGGGACCCAGAGGUCACCCCGGACCACCAGGUGUAGAAGGUCCCAAGGGUGCCAAAGGAGACCGUGGGAUGCCUGGAGAGGCUGGACCGAAGGGUGAACAGGGACAUCCUGGGAUACCUGGCUUCAUGGGCCCCCCUGGAAAUCCAGGUCCACCUGGGUCUGAGGGCCCUGCAGGACCUACAGGACCACUGGGAAACCCUGGAGAAAUAGGUAAAGAAGGCCCAUCAGGACCUCAGGGGCCACCAGGAUUGCCCGGACUUCUGGGUAUUUCUGGAAAGGAUGGCAAAGAUGGAAAGCCAGGACCUCCUGGGGAACCAGGCAAACAAGGGGAGCCAGGGCUGCCAGGACCAGAGGGAGCAAGAGGAUUGCCGGGUUUUAAGGGACCGAGAGGAGACGCAGGACCACCUGGCUCAAGGGGAGAACCAGGUCCAUCAGGGCCCCCCGGCCGUGAGGGGCAACCUGGAAAAGAUGGGGAUCCGGGCCCUACCGGGCCCCAGGGCCCACGUGGGCUCAGAGGAAUCGCAGGCAAGAGUGGAUCACCAGGCCCCCCAGGGGAAGCGGGCUCUCCAGGUAACCCAGGUCCCAAAGGAAGCAAAGGAGAAACAGGCAGUGCAGGACUCCCUGGAUUCAUCGGGCCGCGAGGACCUCCUGGAGAACCAGGUGAAAAGGGGAUCCCAGGGAAAGAGGGCACUCCAGGGAAGCCAGGUGGUGUUGGAGACAAGGGUGACAGGGGGGAUCCUGGAACUAAAGGUGAAAAAGGCACAGCUGGAGAGAAGGGCCCACCUGGCGAUCCUGGGAUUCCCGGGCGCAAGGGACACACUGGAUUAAUGGGUCAACCGGGACCACCAGGGGACACAGGGCAGUCUGGACCCCCUGGUCCUCCAGGACAACCUGGAUUUCCUGGGCCUAGGGGGGACACUCCAUCAGUGGAAACUCUGCGAAGGCUCAUCCAAGAAGAACUAGGAAAACAACUUGAUGCCAGACUGCCCUACCUCAUAAGCCAGAUGCAGCCAGCCCACAUCAAAGCACCUCAAGGUAGACCAGGCCCUCCAGGAGAACCUGGUAAGGAAGGCCCUCCAGGCAGAGGAGGCCCUGCAGGAGAACCUGGCAGGCCUGGACAGCCUGGUUCAGAAGGACCAGCAGGACCGAUGGGCCCCAAAGGUGAGAGAGGAGACAAAGGAGACAAAGGAGAUACUGGUAUUGGCCAGAGGGGAGAAAUUGGUCCCCCGGGAAUUCCAGGUGUCCCGGGUGAACCUGGCUAUGGCAAAGAUGGGAUGCCAGGAUCGCCAGGCCCCCAGGGUGAAGCGGGCGUUCCUGGACUGAUGGGUCCCCAGGGGCCACCAGGAGCCAAUGGACAAUGUGACCCCUCUCAGUGUGCUUACUAUGCAAGCCUGGCUGCCAGGCCCAGCAACGUCAAGGGGCCCUAGAAGGCAAGGCCCCAAAGCCCACGGACCUCCUAUGGACCUACGUCUGAAACUUGAAGGAAGCAAGGAAGGUGGGAGGUCUCACCUCUUUUUCCUGCUUCUGUUUCUGAGGCCUUGUAGACUAUUAAAACCAUCCAAUGCUGCCGGUCGGUCAAGUUUAUCAUAAAUAAGAAGUUAUAAAUCGCUAUUCUUUUAUGAGGUGAAAAGUGUUCUUUGUUUUGCUUUUCUUUUCUCUAAUAUCAGGACAAAUUCAAACUUUUUUUUUUAAAGAAGGUUUUUUUUAAAAUAUAUAUAUAAAUAUUGUCAAUGAAGUAUAGAAUGAAUCCAUGUUAGAGCUGAAAAGGAAGACAUUUUGGCUGUUGAUUUUUAUUUUUAUUUUUAUUCUUAUUAUUAUCAUCUCUGAAGGCCAAGCUAGGGAUACAGUAGAGACCUGGAACUGAACAAUGUGACAGAAAGAGGAUUCUGGCUGGAUAAGUUGUAAGUGGCAGGGGGAGAUUAGGAGCAAUGAUGUAAAUUUGUACACCCAUUACAAUCAGUUUUGACAACCAGGUAUUUACAUAGCUGGAGAUACCUCCUGUUUGUCUAAAGGUCAUAGAUGUAAUUUCUUCAGGGCUUUUUUUUAGCCCAAGGGACUUGCUAAUAUUAAACGGUAUGAUAGAGGGAGAUCGGCCCAGGGAAUAUACCCACUUUACAAACCAUGGAUGCAGUGUACUAGAUUAUAUUGUAUAUAUAAUCUAUAUAUUGUAUAUAUCUCACAAUUUGCAUAUAAGAUUGUCAAUAGGAGCCUUGCAUGCUCCUUGGUCCAUCUAUGCCAGGGGUCAGCAAACUUUUUCAGCAGGGGGCCGGUCUACUGUCCCUCAGACCUCCUCAGACCUUGUGGGGGCCGGACUAUAUUUUGAAAAAAAAUAUAUGAACGGAUUCCUAUGCCCCACAAAUAACCCAGAGAUGCAUUUUAAAUAAAAGGACACAUUCUACUCAUGUUAAAAACAUGCUGAUUCCCAGACUGUCCAUGGGCCGGAUUUAGAAGGCGAUUGGGCCGCAUCCAGCCCCCGGGCCUUAGUUUGGGGGCCCCUGAUCUAGGCAGUAUUGCUUACUCUGUCGGGGAACAGCUCUCCGACAUUUCCAUCAGGAGUCUGUCCCAGCACAAACUGGGACUGACCCUGCUACCUGCAUGCAAAAGAGUUCCUCUGUCACUGAGCCCUUCCCCUAAAAAUAAAAUAAGACUCUAGUCUUCAUGGAUUUGAAUAUAGGAUCUAAUUAAAUGUGGACAUGGGAACCUGACUUCUAUCAAGUCUCGCCAUUGGUCCAUCUUGCUUAGAAUUGUCUACGGUGGCUGGUAGCAGGUCACCAUUUCAGACAGGGAGCCUGUCCCGGAAGAUGCCAUCAGGCAUUGAACCUUGAACCUUCUACAUGCAGUGCAAAUGUUCUGCCAUCUGAUCUACAGCCCUUCCCCUUACAGGCCUUUGGCUUUUCACCUGCCCAUUCACCUUCCCAAACACUCCUCCCUGGCCACCUGCUUUUCUCACCACAUCUGAAGGUUUCAGCUGGGGGUGAAGGGAAAGUGGCUGGCAGGAGAAGGGGGAGUAAAUUACCACUUUCCCCUCUGUUCUUCUGUACCACUUCCAUUUUCCAAUGAUUAAGCAAUGGCCCAUGAAUCAAAGAAUCAGGUCUGUAGCUGAAAAUCUGUCCUUGGACGCAUCAUCUCCUAAAUAUUUAUUCUUUAUUUUCAUCCGAGUGUCCCCAGCACACCUGCAUCCGGUCAUUAUUAAACAAAAUGACAGAGGAAAAGUCAUUUUCUUUAAACCGCCCUGAGACCUUCGGGUAUAGGGCAGUAUAUGAAUUCAAUAAAUAAUAAAAUAAAUAAUACAUAAAAGUGAGGGAAAUAUAUGUGACAAGUAUUUGCUUCUUUAGCAAAAUGUAUCAGUCCAAACCCAAUUUUUUGAUUACUAGUUCCUUGAUUUGGCUCAAGUCCCAAAGGCUCAGGGUGGCUGGGUGGGUAACACUGUAAAUUGGUUAAUUUGUGAGCUGAAAAUAACAUUUUAAUAGUGCAAUCCUUGACCUGUUUGCUCAGAAGUCAGUCCCACUUCAGUCCUACCUGUGAUCCUCGAAGAAUGAACUUGGGAUGUUAGGACUGUGUCUUUAAUAUCACAUACCACAGCAUAUUGGAAGAUUUUCCUGAAGAAGUGAAAUUGUUGGCGCCCAUCUGUCUUGGGAGACAAUGGAGGAGUCAAGCUGUCAGAAGGUUGCAGAGCCUGCUGUGGGUGUUGAGACCGAUACAGGAGAGACAUGUUUUGUUGCAGCUGGGGAAAAGGAAAGUGUUGGGUUGUGGUGUUGCAGAUGCACCAUGGCUUCUUCUCUCUGCACCCCUCCUGUGGUCAUUCCUCCUCUGGUCACUGCUAUGGAUACACAACCUGUCUGUCUCCAGGCACUGUGGUCUUCUGCGAGGGAUUCCCACAUGGUGGGGAUGAAGUUGCCAACCUUCAUGUUAUGCUUGCAGACAUCUUUGUAAUGCCGAGUUGGUCUGCCAAUGGGCCUGGUGUCUGAAUCCAGGUCCUUGUGGAGCAGGCAUCCCCAAACUUCGGCCCUCCAGAUGUUUUGGACUACAAUUCCCAUCACCCCUGACCACUGGUCCUGUUAGCUAGGGAUCAUGGGAGUUGUAGGCCAAAACAUCUGGAGGGCCGCAGUUUGGGGGUGCCUGUUGUAGAGCAUGUAAAGCAGUGAAAUAGCUGGCAUUAAUUUAGCUGGGUGGGUGGUUGUGGUUGGUAGAGGAAACCAUUCCCAGGGACGAAGUUGAAUUCCAAUGCUGGAAUCAACCUAAGAACUGCCUGUGUGGGAUCAGAACAUCCUUAGGCUGGGGCACUGCAAUCAGGAUUGCAUCCGGGAUGCUGAGAGAAGCUAGUCAAUCGGAAAUCCUCCCAUGGACUCUGCCAGAUCAGCUCCACAGCGCUAGGAAGAUGCAAUGCUACUUGAUCCAUUAAAUUCUGACUGCCAGCUCACCAAAGCCCCACUGCAGGCAGAUAAUAAUUCCCAGUUUGGGUACCUAUGAUCCUUUUUGAAUAAAUAAACUGGAAAUACUGAAUCUGAAACCUCAUGCAUGCAAAGUGGAUGUUCUAUAAUGGAGCUUUGAGCUCACAUGGCUAUGCCAUGGCACAAAUCUCACAAAUACUGUUUGACACCCAUUGUCUUCUUGUUUACAAAUGUUUUCUUUGCCAAAAUUAAAGUAGCCAAGGGGCAGCCAUGUGGUUGAGCUUUCGUUUUCCCCUUUGUUAAGUGGAUUCUGAAGCAGCCAAGUACAAUAGAUAGAGUGGUGGUGGAGGAGCAGGCAACAAGUCCAUGCAAUAAGUUCAUCAUUUCAAUGGAAGAAGCUCUUAGACUGUGCUGUUGAUUCAGUGUUAAAGACAAAUGUUAUUUAUAUAUUUUUAAAGGUGCUAUUUUUAUGUGGGUUUUACGGCAUCAGUGCUUUCAUUUUUUUUUUGAAAAAUGAAACAGUAUAAUCUGUGGAGUGUCUAAAUUAUUGUGAUUGUAGCAAGCAGGCUCUAUUCCAGAUAAUUAUGAUGCCUGUGUUGUCUCUGAAGGAGAAAUCUCAGAAGUAUUUUGCUGGCAAAUAAAUAUCUUAGCCAAAAUGUUUUAAGAAGAGAGUUUGAUUUGCAGCUUUGUCUCUUUCUUGUUGGACUAAAUAUUGGGGAUGGGGGGCAUUUUGCUGGUGAUGAGUUUUUGUUCCCUGUCCUUUGUAAACGGUUCCUUUUGCAACACUGCCUUAUGGUCCUAUUUGACUAAGGUGGUGGCUGCUGUUUUCAGUGCAAUUAUUAAACCCUUUCCCACCCACGUGCCCAUUGCAUUUGUGCGCUGUGCUGAAUUUCUGGCACAAUAGAUUGCAGGCAUCUGAAACCCUUUCCUCUCAGAAUAAUUUCAGGCUAUAAUGUAUAUACAUGUUAUUUUGCAUUAUUUAAUAAAAUUAAAUAUUCCAAAAAAGCACCAUUUAUCUUUAUGGGUAGGCUACCAGAGGCAAGCACACAAAAAUGCUUAUUUAUUUCCAUGCACACAUUUUUAAAGAGAAAAAAAUUCACAAAUGGAUAUGUCACUGGGCCCAAUGGAACUUAAGGUUUGAAAAAUCAGAAGCCGAUAUUGAUGUAUUUGUCCAUCCUUGCUAAUAAAAUCCAGCCUUUGUAACUUGCUAAAUGAAAUAUUUCAUAUAUUGUUAAAUACACAUUCGGUGACACAGACAUUCAACUUAUCUCUCCACCUAAGUCCCGAGUUUUAAUUGCUAUGUUUUCAAGGAAUGGUUUUCAUUGCAUUUUUUAUUAUUAUGAAUGUUUCUAUUUUAAUGUAUUGAGAGGAUUAUAUUAUAGAGGUUUAUAUUCUAAUGGUUGUGUAACUGUCCUUUGUCCUUGCAAACUUCUUAGAAGCCUAUUUUGACACUCAGCAUUAUAUAGUAAGCAUACUGUUGCAAUGCGCUCAGCAUGGGCCUGCCCUUGAAGAUGACUCGAAAACCUCAAUUGUUUCAAAAUGCAGUAGCCAGAUUAUGUUCCACUCUCACAUAAACCCUGUUUCAAAACAGCUGUAUUGGUUACCAGUUCAUUUCCAGGCCCAUUUCAAGGAGCUCACACCUCCUUCACUACAGACCCCCUUCGGUGUUAAAAUAGGCAGAGGCAAGCCUUCUUAGUUGUUCCACCACCCUUAAAAGCUCUGGAGGUAGCAACCUAGGAAAGGGCAUCUUCAUUAUGCAGCUUUUGAUGAAUGCUGGAAACACACCUCUUUUCCCUGGCAUUUGCAGCUGAGGUGUAUACUUUUAAGUCCCACCUUAAAAAUACGUGCUUAUAUGAUUCAAAGUCAUUCCAAACUGUUUUUACCAUUUUAAUUAUCACAAUCCACCAUAGGAACUUAGGGUUAAAGGAACAUAGGGUUAAAUAACAGCAGCAGCAGC